CCAUCUCGGUUCAAUUAAAAACCCUACCAAAACCCUCUCCUCGCACCCUUUUCGUCUUCGCACACAUACCAGACCGUUUCCCCGGCCAUCUCUCUCUUUGACUGAAGGUGAAAGAAAAUGCCGCUGGGGGAACGGGCAGGGGAUAAGAGCGAGUCCCGGUACUGCGGGGUCGAGACGGAGUUCCACGAUGACAUGCCUCAGCUUUUGGCUCACAAUGUUUCUUCUGGUGGCUUCGAUUUCGUCGUCUCUCCUCUGAUGGAUCCUUCUUAUCGGCCGAGCUUAAUGGACAGAGAUCAUGGUGGAUCUGGGGUUCUGCCAUUUGCUGGGUCAGACUUGGUUUUGAGCCCUUCCCAUUGGAGUAGUCACGUUGUGGGAAAAAUUAGUUCAUGGAUUGACUUGGACUCAGAGGAUGAGAUCCUUCGAAUGGAUUCUGAAAUCACUUUGAAGCAAGAAAUAUCUUGGGCUUCUCAUCUCUCCCUCCAGGCAUGCCUUCUUCCUGCUCCAAAGGGGACAUCGUGCGCCAAUUAUGCCAGGUGUGUGAAUCAGAUAUUGCUGGGCCUGAACAGUAUGCAGUUGUGGCUAAGGAUUCCUCUGUUGAAAACUGAUGAUGACUCAAUGGAUGUCAACCCUACUAAUUUGGUUGAUUCCUGGGAGUUAUGGAAUUCAUUUCGCAUGCUUUGUGAACAUCACAAUCAAUUAUCAAUCGCCCUUGAUGUUUUGAGUUCAAUACCUUCGGCAAACUCCCUUGGACGCUGGUUUGGAGAGUCUGUUAGAGCAGCUAUUAUAGAUACUGAUUCUUUUCUAACGAAUUCACGCGGUUAUCCAUGUUUGUCAAAGCCCCACCAGAAGCUAAUUACAGGGUUUUUCAACCAUUCUAUACAGAUAGUUGUAUCUGGAAAACCAGUACACAGUCUUCCAAAGGGGAGUAGAGAUUUAGCUGCUAAUCAUAACGAUAGUAAUUUUGAUGGUGUACAGGGACAUCCUCUGAGGCCAUAUUUGGACUACAUUGGUUACCUUUAUCAAAGAAUGGAUCCACUUCCUGAGCAAGAAAGAUUUGAGCUUGGUUACAGGGAUUUUUUACAGUCGCCCUUGCAACCUCUCAUGGAUAACCUUGAGGCUCAAACCUAUGAGACAUUUGAGAAAGAUGCAGUGAAAUACAUUCAGUACCAAAGGGCAAUUUGUAAAGCUUUGCAAGAUAGAGUUCCUGAAGAAAGGUUGUCAAUGACAAGCACUGUAUUGAUGGUCGUAGGAGCAGGGCGUGGACCUCUUGUCAGGGCAUCACUGCAGGCUGCUGAAGAAACUGGGCGCAAGCUUAAAAUUUAUGCCGUGGAGAAAAAUCCAAAUGCAGUUGUUACACUACAUAGUUUAGUCAAACUGGAGGGCUGGGAGAAUAUUGUUACCAUUGUUUCGAGCGACAUGCGUUGCUGGGAUGCUCCUGAAAAAGCUGACAUUUUGGUUAGUGAACUGCUAGGUUCUUUUGGUGACAAUGAGCUUUCUCCUGAAUGCCUUGAUGGAGCCCAGAGGUUUUUGAAAGAUGAUGGGAUUUCAAUACCGUCUUCGUACACAAGUUUCAUUCAACCAGUGACAGCUUCAAAGCUGUAUAAUGAUGUUAAGUCACAUAAAGAUCUCGUGCACUUUGAAACUGCUUAUGUUGUCAAACUGCACAAUGUAGCAAGGCUUGCUGCUUCUCAACCUGUCUUUACAUUUACUCACCCAAAUCGGUCAACUAAGCGGAGCAAUCAGCGUUACAAGAAGCUUCAGUUUGAGAUACCCAGCGAUACUGGAUCUGCCAUGUUGCAUGGAUUUGCUGGCUACUUUGAUGCAACCUUAUACAAAGAUGUACAUCUUGGCAUUGAACCAUCAACGGCAACACCAAAUAUGUUCAGCUGGUUUGCUAUAUUUUUUCCACUAAGGACACCAGUAAUUGUGCAUCCUGGUUCAGCUCUAGAAGUACACUUUUGGCGAUGUUGCGGCCCUACCAAGGUUUGGUAUGAAUGGUGUGUUACCUCUCCUUGCCGAUCUCCAAUUCACAACAGCAAUGGACGCUCACACUGGGUCGGUCUCUAGGGUUUGUUGAUGUUGUAUAAUAGUUAAACUAAGGCAUGUUCAAGAAGCCGUUUUGAGGUUUCAUGUCGAACCGCCAGGGGGAUCUCUGUAUAAAUCAUAUGUAAAAAACAUGCUUUUGCCAACUGGUUUGUGGAACUACAUCCAGACCCAGAUGCUUUUGAUGUAACAUAACACUGGAGAUCUCCCACGUUAGGUGCUUUUUAUUUUAUAUAUUUCAUAAUUUCAGUCAA